AUGUCUCAAGGUUCGUGGCAAUUUAUUUUGAAGGGAUUGCCAAGGCUGAUCGAUCUCGAAAUUGACGGCAAUGAAUGUUCUCUUGUGAGUGGCUACAGACACGUUGUGAUCGAUCAGUUGCAACAAAUCAUGCGUCUAGAUGGAACAUCGAUCCUGUCAGCUGACCGCGAGAACGCCCGGAACAUUCUCAAGUUCAAUGAGCGACAGCCCACAGAAGUGAACAGCAACAGGAGCUCACGGAAUGAACAGCAUGACGACAACGACAAUGGGGAUGACAAAGUUUCUUUCUGGACGCAUUCCGAAAUUGAUGUUCCUCCUCCUUCCAGCAGACCCAGCAGCGCUCGUCGACCUGCUACCUCUCACCAGAAUUCAGCGCAGUAUCGCCUAUCAAACACCAACAUCUCGACUGACGCAAAGCAGCUCUCAAAAGUGCUGGCGGCAAAGUCGAGUGAAUACCUUCAAGGCCCUCAGAAGAAGAUGAUGGCAGGGUUGAACGAAGACGAAAAUGCGCAAUCAGACUCGCAGAUGUUCAAAGUGACGGAGAACGCAAAUUUUCUCAACUCGAAUCCUAUCCUGUUGGAAUAUCUUGCUGAGGCUGCAGCGGGUGAAGAAGAGGAGGAAUCUGUGCCAGAAGAUGUAAAUCAUAAGGAGGGGGGCGAGGCUCAGACAAUGCUAGAGAAGAAUUUUGUAUCCGAUGGAAUCAUGUUUGUCGACUCUUCUGCUCCUAAUGCGAAUGGUCACGCUCAUCAUAAUGGUUUCGACGAUAACUCAGCAAGUCACUCGAUGAGGCAUGACAGACCGAGCAGUCGACGAAGGGUAGGGUUUGCAAAUGAGCUCAGAAAGGUGACGUCGGCAAUGUCUGCAGUGGAGGCAUUUUCAAUCGAAGAGAUUGUAGAGAUGAUGAAUACGGCCAAGCAUGCAGAUUCUCAAUCGCUGGGAGAGAUGCUGAGUGAGUUUGCAAUGGGCACAGCGGGUCAAUCUCCUCCGCAAACCAAUCAGCGACCAACCAACAAGAGUGAUGAGAUGAUCAUACGGAGACUUUUGAAGACCAUCGAAAAGUUGCAGAGUCUGCAGAGCAAGCUUGCAUUGCUUGAAUCGGGGAGCAUGCCUCAAGAGGGAAAUGUAAAUAUUGACAGCUUGAAGAAAGAAAUUGCCACACUUAAGAUAGAGAACACCAACAUGUAUCAUUUGCAAGAAGAAAAUGUUUCUCUCCGAAAGCAGUUGAAAGAAAUUCAUGAGCGAUGGAACGACAACAAAUUGAGGGAGCAAAAUUCGAGGUUGAAGACCCAAGUCAAGCACUACAAGGUCUGA